UCAGAGUGCAGUCGUAGCGUGUCGCAAACUCAACUCUGGCAACGACGACGAUGUCUGAAGAACUCUUACCCCCGACUUUGCAGAAUAUCUUGGACCAAAAGUCCUUGAAAUGGAUCUUUUGUGGUGGUAAGGGUGGUGUAGGAAAGACGACGACGUCGUGUUCUCUGGCCAUCCAACUUGCCAAAGUUCGAGAAUCUGUUCUCUUGAUUUCCACGGAUCCGGCGCACAACUUGUCCGAUGCCUUUGGCCAAAAGUUCUCCAAAGAUGCUACCAAAGUCAAUGGAUUCGAUAAUCUGUUUGCGAUGGAGAUUGACCCGACGAGUGCCAUCCAAGAGAUGGUCGAGCAAUCCGAUUCGAAUGGAAUGAUGGGCUCUAUGAUGCAGGACCUCGCCUUUGCCAUCCCAGGUGUGGACGAAGCGAUGAGCUUUGCGGAAAUCAUGAAGCAUGUCAAGUCGAUGCAGUACUCGGUCAUCGUCUUCGAUACCGCGCCUACUGGACACACCCUGCGCUUCCUUUCCUUCCCUACUGUCCUCGAGAAGGCUUUGGGCAAGCUCAGCACCCUAGGCUCGAGGUUCGGCCCCAUGAUCAGCCAAAUGUCCAGCAUGAUGGGCGGCGAGGCGGGCUCGCAGGAGGAUAUGUUUGCAAAGCUCGAGUCGAUGAGGGCUGUCAUUACUGAGGUCAACACCCAGUUCAAGGACCCCGAGAAGACGACGUUCGUUUGCGUGUGUAUCUCCGAGUUCUUGAGUUUGUACGAGACGGAGAGGUUGGUGCAGGAGUUGACGGCGUAUGAGAUUGAUACGCAUAAUAUUGUCGUUAAUCAGUUGUUGUUCCCCAAGAAAUCUUCGAAUUGUGAACACUGUAGCGUCCGACACAAGAUGCAACAGAAAUACCUUGCCGAGGCUCACGAACUCUACGACGAAUUCUUCCAUAUCGUCAAGCUCCCCUUGCUCACCGAGGAAGUCAGAGGUCCUGAGAAGCUUAAAGAGUUCAGCGAGAUGCUGGUUAAACCUUACCAACCCCCUCAAGACUAA